UUCACACAUACGGCACCAGCGUGCCAGUUUGGCCUCCUCCCUCUAUUACCCUCCCUUUUUCCCUUUCUGUCUCUCUGUCUUGUUUCUCCCAGGCACAGAGAAAAGAUUUCCUCCCUCACUCCGACUGAGCCUCUCACGCCCAACAGAUAUACAACGCUUGUUAACCUCCCGGCCUCAUCCUUCCCUCAUAUGUUCUCCAUGUCGACUCUAUGAAUCUCCUUCAUCACUUUCCGUUGGUUCCUUCAAAUUUCCUUGUGAAAAUGCCCUCAUUUUGUUGUGCAGAGUUCACACCUUCGCUUAUAUCACGCGUUGUCAUUCAAUGCUGGUCUUUACAUGGCUAUCAUUAAUGCAUUCUGCCAAGUCCUAUUCUAAUGCUACAUCAUUCCACCAGUAGCUAAGCCUUCAGGAUAUUGGCCCUGUACUUUACAUCCACUCUUUAGCUUCUUUAUGCAUUUGGCUAGAUCACCAUAUUAUUUCCACCCACGUUAACAUCAAUUCACAACUGCCCCAUCAAGAAGUCAGCCGUUUUCAAAUUGCCUUUCUCUUCACACCCCUCCCUCCGCCAUGUGGUCCACCUUCAUCGUGCAGGAUGAGGAGAGCAGGCCAUCGGCUGCAUCUGGCGGAGGUGCCGGAGCGCUGGCAGGAAUGAUGGGUGUGCGUACUGGAGGUGGCAAGCGGCGGACUAGAGCGUCCUCCCCUUCAGGGAAGGCCCUAAGUGAGAGUCAGGAGGGGAAGAUCAAGCUUGCCUUCUUUGUAGCCACAGUGGGCAUCACACUGACUGUGCUAGGGGUGGGCACCGAAUUCUGGGUGGAGCUUGCACCGUCCAAGGGCUUUCACAACAAUCAGACGUGUCUGGCAGCGCACUAUGGCCUGUGGAAAAGCUGUACCAAGAUGCUCUGGGUCGCUGAUGUCGAUCCAGAGCGAGAAAGCUGCGGGCCUUUGGAUCUACCUGGAGAAUCAAACUGUACAUACUUCAAGUUCUACACCACUGGAGAGAACACAGUCCUGUUUCAGAAAACACCAGCCAAGAAUUUGACGGUUAUGUCGGCAAUGCUGGCUAUCUUUGGUCUUUUCCUAAUGCUGAUGGGAGCUGUUUGCAUCGUCAUGGCAAUAAGCAAAGGCGUGCAGUUCUUCCUAAAGCCAGCCUCAGUCUGUUUUACAUUAUCAGGUGUCCUUAUCUUCCUGUCACUCAUCAUUUUCCACCAGUCAGUUCUUUCAUUUUUGGCAAGCGACCACACCGUACCUUUGCACUACGAACUGUCAUGGUCCGUGACGUGUGUGGGGUGUGCCGGAGCCAUGCUUGUAGUUGCGGGAGCUUCAUUCCUUCUCCUUGCUCUUCCAUACAAUCCUUGGGAAAAGUGUCUGCCUUCCAAGAACAAUGACAGCUAGUGACAUGGAGGAAGAUCUCUUUUGUAAACUUUGUUUUGUAUGGCAUAGUAACUGUUAAAUAGACACAUUCACCUUUCAGUGCAGUAAAAUUUGGCAUUUAAUUGGUGUUUAAUAACUGAUAAUAUAAAUAAUAA